ACAAUUUCUAAUUAUUUAAAUUAAAAAGGUAAAGCCAGUUUAUUUCCAACCGUACAAAAUAGGAACACAUGUCAGAUUUGAAGUGGGACUACCAUAAGUGACGUGGUAUUACUGUACCACACUAUAAUUUCUCUUAAUUUUCAAUCCACGCGCCCUUCCUGGGAGUGAAUUUAAUUUUUAGAUUCCCCACCAGCAAGAACAAAAGCGGAAUUUCAACAGUACACAGCAGUCACCUGACACCCACGCAAACAUAUCGACGAGUAUUAAACUGACAAAAUACCCUUCCCUUGUUCUUCCCCCGCAUUUUUAACUCGGCCGCUGACUCGCCAUCGACUCCAUUGACUCGCCCUCUGCAAAACAAAACACACAGUAGAAAUUCCUGUGGGCGAUGGCUUCGGAGGAGAGGCGAAUAGAGGACGAACUGUCGUACCCGAUUCUGCUGGCGGAGCGGGUCCGGACCGCCGUCAACGAGGCGGAGUCGUUCAAGCUGGAGUGCUCCGAGGUGGGGAAGCAGGUGGAUCGUCUGUCGCAGAAGCUCCGAACCGUGGUCCGGUUGGCCACGGCAGCCUCGGUUCUGUACGAGCGCCCGAUUCGGCGCAUCGUCGCCGAGGUGUCGAAGAAUCUGGAGCGGGCCCUGACCCUGGUCCGUAAGUGCAAGCGCCAGAGCUUCCUACGACGUGUCGUAACCAUCACGAGCGCCACGGACUUCCGGAAGCUCUUCAACUUCCUCGAGUCCUCCGUCGGCGACAUGAAGUGGCUGCUCAGCUUAUUCGACCCGGACACCACUGGCAAUAACGGAAUUGAACUCUCCCUCGCCCCGAUUGCCAGCAACGACCCGAUUCUCUCGUGGGUCUGGUCAUUCAUCGCCACCGUCCAAAUGGGUCAGCUGCCGUAUCGUAUCGAGGCCGCCAAUGAGCUCGCCUCGCUGGCGCAGGACAACGACCGGAACAAGAAGAUUAUUGUGGACGAAGGCGGAGUCUCGCCGCUACUGAAAUUGUUGAAAGAGGGCUCGUCGCCGGAUGCCCAAAUUGCGGCGGCGACGGCGCUCUAUAAUCUGGCGGGCGAUCAGGAGAAGGUGAGGACUAUUGUGAAUGAGGUUGGGGUGCCGAUUAUUGUGCAGGUUCUGGGCGACUCGCCGAUGAGGGUUCAGAGCCGUGUGGCGACCCUGGUGGCGCGGAUGGCGGAGCAUGACAGCAUUGCCCAGGAGGAUUUCGCCAGGGAGAAUGUGAUCAGGCCGCUGGUGACGCUACUGUCGUUCGAGACGUUUGGGGAGGAUCAUAAUAAUGAUCAACUGGGUAAGCAAAGCAUUCAUUCUCUGAUUCAGAUUAAUAAGGAAAUGGAGAAGAGCACAUCAGCAAAACCGCAAUCGAGAGGCAGUAGCAGUAGCAGUAGCAGUGACAGUAUUCAUAGACCUUAUUCGAAUACGUAUUCAAGUUCUUCGUAUUCUUAUUAUUCGGAGGGUAGUAGCCGAGGCGGGCAUUACAGGAAGGAGAGGGAGAAUGAGAAACCUCAUGUAAAGCUUCAGCUGAAAAUUAGUUGCGGCGCGGCGUUGUGGAUGCUUGCCAGGGGCAGUGUUUUGAAUAGUAGGAGGAUAACGGAGACCAAAGGUUUGCUUUGUUUGGCUAAGUUGGUGGAGAAGGAACAGGGUGAGUUGCAAUUCAACUGUUUGAUGACUAUAAUGGAGAUUACGGCUGCGGCUGAAUCCAAUGCUGACCUCAGACGAGCCGCGUUUAAGACCAAUUCUCCGGCUGCCAAGGCGGUUGUGGAUCAGCUCUUGAGACUGAUCAAAGAGGUGGACAGCCCGAUACUGCAAAUUCCUGCUGUAAAAUCGAUUGGCUCGCUUGCCAGGGCGUUCCCUGCUAGAGAGACGCGGGUCAUUGAUCCGCUAGUGACUCAACUUGGCCACAAAGAUCUUGAAAUGGGAACUGAAGCAGCAAUUGCACUGGGGAAGUUUGCUUGUCCGGAUAAUUUUCUCUGUAUGGAGCAUUCGAAGAAGAUAAUCGAGUCCAACGCUAUCCCGCCUCUGAUGAAACUGCUAAGAGGAAACGAACACUCGCAGUGCCACGGAUUGAUUCUUCUUUGCUACCUUGCAUUGCACUCUGGGAAUACCUACUCUUUGGAACCGACUAGGGUAUUGACAGUCCUUGAAGGGGCUGAUCGCAGUGCACUCCCCCAUCAUCCCGAGUUGAGAGAGUUGGUGUCCAAGGCGAUAUAUCACCUCAAUCUGUACCACACCGGAGUUCAUUCGCAAAGGAUGACAUUUGACAUCUGUGCCAUGAAUACAAAUUCUCCAAGGUAGAAGAUCGAAACGUUUUUUAAUGGAAGGAAACAGGGAUCGUCGAAAGAUAGUUGAUUAAUAAGAUAAAAGUGCAGACAGUUACAUUUCGUUUUAAUCUUUUGAGUUUCGACCUGCACGGGCGAUUUGGUCGCGCCCGACUCCAUGUUGACCACGGUAGGGGUAGGCAUGAGAGUGGCCCUGAGCAUGAGUUGUCCGAGCCAAAUAAUCAUGCCAAAGUCUCUCGUGAACAGUUAAAUUGUUUGGUGAGUAGGAUUCCAAAAUUAGUGAAUCAGCAGAGGUCGGACCAACUCCAGCUGUAGAGGCUCUCUUGUGCACUCAUUAUCGGCCUCAUGGCCUGUCGUCCCUGUAACAAACUAGCAUCAUAAUCAAAGAACAACUAUACAUUGUUUACAA